AAGGAAUGCAUGUUCCUCCACGGUUGUUGCCUAAUUGGGAAAGCUGGAGGAAUAGCAAGUGCAUGUCAAAUGGGGGCUAAAUGUGUUGUUCUUUCGGGUUUUACUCUUUGAUUCUCAAGGACCCGCUCGCUGUGUGAGGAGGACACGUCUCCCGAAUUGCACAGAGUCAUUUCCAUGGAGACGGGCGGCCUGCCUGAAUCUCGAAGAAGCUCGUUCUCAGGCAGCGGAGCGAUGGCUAGGUUAUCGUGGUUCAUCUUAUCACUGCGAUCCUGGGCCAGGAGGAACUUGAAUCAUGAAGACCAAAGGCCAGAUUCCUUUCUUGAGCGAAUCCGAGGGCCAGAGCUCAAAGACAUUCCCAGUAGAGACAGCAACACCCAGCUGAACUACGAUGAGGCAGAUGGACUGAAAAAAAAGAAGAAAGAGGUCUUUGUGAUGGACCCUUCAAGCGAUCUGUACUAUAGGUGGUUGACCAUCAUUGCAACACCCGUAUUCUAUAACUGGUGUUUGAUAGUGUGUAGAGCCUGUUUCGAUGAGCUUCAACUGGAACACAUUACACUUUGGCUGAUCUUGGACUAUUCCUCUGAUGUCAUCUAUGUCCUGGACACAUUUGUCAGGUACAGAACAGGUUUCCUGGAACAAGGACUACUAGUUCGCGAUGAAAAAAAGUUAAGACUGAAUUAUCAAUCUACUACGCAGUUCAAGCUGGACUUGCUCUCUCUUAUCCCAACAGACCUGGGCUAUUUUAAAUUUGGGGUUAACUAUCCUGAGCUGCGCUUUAAUCGGCUGCUGAGAAUUGCUAGGCUAUUUGAGUUUUUUGACCGUACAGAAACGAGAACAAACUACCCAAACAUGUUUCGAAUUGGGAACCUUGUCUUGUACAUUCUUAUCAUUAUCCACUGGAAUGCAUGCAUAUUUUUUGCUAUUUCCAAGCAGAUUGGAUUUGGAACAGACACCUGGGUCUAUCCCAAUAUAUCCCAUCCAGAACAUGGACGUCUGUCCAGGAAAUACAUUUACAGUUUAUAUUGGUCAACGUUGACAUUGACAACCAUUGGCGAGACUCCACCUCCUGUGAAAGAUGUAGAGUAUCUGUUUGUGGUCAUGGACUUCCUGGUUGGUGUGCUCAUCUUUGCUACCAUUGUCGGUAACGUAGGCUCAAUGAUCUCUAACAUGAAUGCCUCUAGGGCAGAGUUCCAGGCGAAGGUUGAUUCUAUCAAACAGUACUUGCAGUUCCGAAAAGUCACCAAAGACUUGGAAAACAGGGUUAUUAAAUGGUUUGAUUACCUGUGGACCAACAAGAAAACGGUGGAAGAGAAAGAAGUUCUGAAGUACCUCCCUGAUAAACUGAAGGCUGAAAUUGCCAUCAAUGUCCACUUAGACACACUAAGGAAGGUACGCAUCUUCCAAGACUGUGAAGCUGGACUUCUUAUUGAGCUGGUGUUGAAGCUAAGACCCACGGUCUUCAGUCCUGGAGAUUAUAUCUGCAAGAAAGGGGAUAUCGGAAGGGACAUGUAUAUUAUUAAAGAAGGGAAGCUGGCUGUCGUGGCUGAUGAUGGUGUGACCCAGUUUGUGGUCCUAAGUGAUGGCAGCUACUUUGGAGAAAUCAGCAUCUUAAAUAUCAAAGGCAGCAAAUCUGGCAACAGGAGGACAGCCAACAUCAGAAGUAUAGGCUAUUCUGACCUGUUCUGCUUAUCUAAAGAUGACCUGAUGGAAGCUCUCACUGAGUACCCUGAUGCCAAAAAGGCACUAGAAGAAAAAGGACGGCAGAUUUUGAUGAAAGACAAUUUGAUUGAUGAGGAAGCAGCUAAAGCAGGAGCGGAUCCUAAAGACCUGGAGGAGAAAAUAGAAAAGCUGGAAGCUGCCCUAGACAUUCUCCAGACCAGGUUUGCUAGACUCCACGGAGAGUACACUGCGUCUCAAGCCAAAGUCAAGCAGAGACUUGUAAAAGUGGAGACAAAAGUGAAGAAGUAUGGAAGUGGUACGCUGUCAGGUGACGAGGGUGAAAAACCACAGGAAGAGAAAAAGGAUUAAGUGGGCACUUUGAUCAUCUUCAUUCAGCUCAGAAUAUUGCAUCAGAGAAGAGAUAUGCACAUGAAAAUAUGUAAACAAGGCUAUUUUUAUAUGGACCCAAAUCAAUGGCAUUUGUAGCAUUUUUAACUGAAGCAAUUGUCAUGUAAAUAGGAAAUUCUUAUGUUUUAUGAUAUUUUUAGAAACAGUUCUUCACUUCCUUUUCUUUGUUGUUCAUUUUGUAUUGGUUACGGGUUUCUUAUGAGUCAUGAUCAGACCUCCUUGAUGCCAGAGUGUGUGCAUGUCUGACUGCAUUUGUGAUUGAUACCUUUCACUAUGUAUUUGGCACCAAGGAGGUCUUCUGUAAACUAAUAACUUAGUGGACUGAUCAAACAGAUGCAUACAUAUAAAUAAGAACGCUACUUGCACCAUUUCUGCUUUGAAAUCAUAGCAGCCUCCCGGUGAAUAUAAUUUAUCCACUUUCACUAAAUUUAUUCUACUCAUUUUGAAAACACUAGACACUAUAUAGAACCAUCUAUAUAGUACUUGCUGAAUGUGGCAUGUGUGAAUGAGCUACUUUUAUACUUAUCUGUCACAAAUCUCCAUAUAGUUCUACUUAUGAUAUUAUUUGGUUGUUGGAAGGGCCUGGCGGAGUUCUAAUUUCUCUCCCUCAGAGAAUUACAGAUAGGCAAAAUUGGAGCAGUAAGUAGGGUUGCUGUGGAAGUGCCCUCUGGACUUUUGUUCAGGCGUAUAACAUUCAUUCCAGAACUGAGCUGAAAAGAAACCAGUUUCUCAGUUUUGCAGCAGAAACUGGCUGUGCACAGUGCUGAUUGGCUGGUGCCUGUAACAUCAUGAAUCCAUAACCCCCUCCCCCUGUGGUUGUUUUUUGUUUGGUUUAAAAAGGCAGUGAAUGAAAUUUUAAUUGCACAAAGUGACCCUUUGAAUAAUAGGGCAGAUAGAUAGUCUUGAAGCAUGGGGAAAGGGGACAAGACUGCACUACCAAUGACCACCACUUUCUGGGAAUGUAUAGAAAUGAGAACAACCAUGCUGCGUUAUUCUGAUGCUCAUCCCAUAUUCCAGGUACUCUUUCUCUGUUCAUUGCCCCUAAAUUUACUAUUCACUCUGGUUUUUAACAAAAUGCAGGAUUUUUUCAGCUUUUCUGCACUGCUGACAGUCCUCUGUAGUUUCCUUGUCGUUUUUCUACUGUGCAACAGAAGUCAGCAAGUAAUACAAUAUUUGCAAGCCUUUACUGACAGGCAGCACUAUAAGACAACUCAGCCAUGUGAAAUGAGUUCCCCCACAGUCUUCUUUUUCUCUCUCUCUCCUCCAUAUUGAUGCCAUUCCUUACACCCCUUUCUACGCUAAUACAUAACAAUGAAGCUGUUAAGCAGAGGAAUGGUGAUUUCCUCUCGUCUUGCCCUAUUGCCUGUCAAUUUCACAGCCAUUGCAUAAAAGUGUGUUCAUUUUCUUCAGGCAUGUCCUUUUACUGCUUCUAGGGGAAAGUUUUGUUUCCAGUAACCUGUAACAGGCUGUGAACUGUAAAAAAGAAAAGAAAGAAAGUUAGAAUGUGAUGUAAUUUAUAAAUUCAUUUCUCAUAAUUAAAAGUGCAGCAUGCAUAUUUAGUCAGAAGUAUGUUCCAGUGGGUGGUAUUCAACUAAGUUUUCCUCAGAGUAGACCUGCUGGAAUUAAUGCAGCAAAAAAAUUAUUCAGAGUAGAGCCAUUGAAAUUAAUGGCUGAAUCUACUCUGAAUAAAUUUUUUGCUUGAUACUGCGCCCCCCCCCCCGUAUGAGUUGGAUCCAAUCUAAGUUAGUCGCACACAGUGCUAUUUUUCUAUAAAAAUUGCUGCCGGAACUCACCAUGAAUACUGCCCUUGUUCUCUUAUAAUGGCAAUGGCACCCACCUGAGAAGGGCUGGAACUGAGUUCCAGUGAGUGCUGGCUGGAAAAAAAAGCCCUGGUUGCACAUAGGUCCCAUUGAACUCAAUGUGAAAACUUAAACAUGACUAAUUUAAUUGCCAUUGAUUCAGUGCGACCCAACUGCAGUGAAUCCAGGACUAGAACCCAACUCUCAGUG